AUGGCACCAACCCCAACCCUUCCCCAGGGCCUCACCCGCCUCCUCGCGCGGCAAGAAGCCACCACAACCGCCGCAACGACCGUCGUCGUCGCCUCUGACUCCAACACCGGUUCAUCCUCCAACAACGGCCUCGACGGCGGCGCCAUAGCGGGCAUCGUCAUCGGCACCAUCGUUGGCAUCCUGAUAAUAUGGUGGAUCAUCAAGUCGUGCACCAAGCCCAGCAAACCAGACGCCAGCCGGCAGGGUUGGCGGCCGUCGGCGACGUACGUUUAUCCCGCUGCUGAGGGGAGGCGGUCCAGGAGUCGGUCCCAGGGAAGGUAUUAUCUUAGCAGCUUCUCCUCCGAUCUCAGUUUUAGUGAGUAG